AUCUGGAUAGAGAUGCUGUAAAUCGGAAAAAAGGCCUAGUGCGCUAAAUCGUCUCCUGCUUUUUUAGCUCCCGGCUUUCUCGUUGCGGCCGGCGUCGCUUCUCCCGCAGGUUUGUGCGCGUGCCCUCCUCCUGUCACGCCAGGAGCUCAGAUCGCCGCGGAUUCCUUGCCCUCCACGCAGCGGCCUCGCCCCCUGGGUCCGCGCGCCGUCUAGGGAUCCCGGCUCCUCCUCCGCGGCGACCGAUGGCUGCUCUUCUGGCGCCCGCCAUCUCCGGCGAGGUCGGUUUGCGGCUUUUACUGGCACCACUAAGCUCAAAUGUUGUCAUCCGCACAGCCAGUUGUGCGGUGGGCAUUGGUCUGCCUGUAUACUCCACUUACAGGGCUAUAGAAAAGAAAGAUCAAGAUGAGAAAGAGCGGUUGCUCCUUUAUUGGGCAGCAUAUGGAUCUUUUAGCAUUGUGGAAUCCUUUGCUGAUAAGCUUGUUUCAAGUGUUCCUCUCUAUUACCAUGCGAAAUUUGCUAUCCUUAUAUGGCUCCAGUUUCCUUCAAACGGUGGAUCAAAGCAUGUGUACAGAAGAUACCUGCGCCCGUUUUUCCGGAAGCAUCAAGCAAAAAUUGAUAGAAUCCUGAAUAUUUUGUCCAAGGAACUUACGAAGUUUGUGAGCAACCAUGAAGAUGAAAUUCGUUUUGUAGAGAACAUGGCCAUCAGGGGUGCUUCAACAGCAAAUUACAUCGUAAAUGGGCUUGACCAACCUGGAGAAUCAGAAGAAGUUAGCGUGACUGAAGACCCAAAUUCAACCCCGACAGAAGAGCCAGACACACCUAGGAGUUGAAACUUGAGCUUGGUUGCCACACUUGCCAGUCUCCCCGCAAGAUGUGUCUGGUGCAGCAAGUACCAUCACUCUGCAGAAAUGUUCCUUUAGAACUGUGAAUAUGUGUUUCUGAACAAGUCGGAUUACGUUUCAAGCAGUAGGAGUGGAUACUGUCCACUUGUAUCAGAGUACUCGUAUUAUGGUGCUACAAAAGUUGCAGCACAGGUUUGUGGGUGACUGUUUGAAAUCGACUGGAGUGUUACAAUAUACUUGCAGUUUCGUACUU